CUUAUGCGGCCGCCGCAACCGGCCGCGUCAGUCCCAAGUGGAGCGCGCGAACGGUGACGUCUGAGGCUCCGCCAGUCCGAGACGAAUACCAAGAUGAAGAACGCGGGAAGCCUGCUGCUGGUGCUGGUGGCCGCUGUCUGCGUGGUCUCCGUCCACCCCAUGCCGGCCGAGCCGCUGCCCUCCGAGUCGGAGCCCUCGUCCAGUGGCGGUCUGUUUGGCCUUGCCUCGCUGGAUGCGCUGACCGAGCGGAUCCACGACUGGACGGCGCCCCUCCGUGACCUGUUCAUGGAGACGGUGCAGAACAAGACGGUAUCGGAGGUGGCCAUCGAAGCCCGUAAUGCCACCGUCAACUUCGCCGUCCGCGUCAAGGACAUGGAGGCCGUCCAAAGCGCCAAGGACGCCAUCUCCCCGGUGGUGAGGAUGUUCGAGCAGGUGCGCGACAGCGUCAAGGACAAGACGCUGCAGCAGCUGGCCGGCGAGGUGAAGACGCACCUGGUGCAGCUGGACCGGACCGUGGCCAGCUUCAUUCGCGACCUCGGCACAGACGCCGAGACCGACUCCACCGCGCCGGCCGCGCAGGUGCCUCAGCAGAGUGUCGAGCAGGCGGCCGAGGAGAGCAACGCCAUCGGCACGGAGACGUUGUGAGCGGCGCCGCCAGGUCCCGAGAGGCGAGCGGGCCGACGCGGGCUGGCGGCUCCGGCAGCACGGCGGAAGCGUUGCCGGCCGGGCCGGCCGUGCCGCCACACCGUGCAUGGAGCGAGAGCUGUGAACUCUGGACGACUACAGGGACUGUACAUGCGAGUGCGGCGGAUCAUGUUUGUCGGACAGGCCGUGGUUGUUUGCGGAGCCUGGGAGCAGAACAUCAUUGUGAGGCAUUCAUUGCAUGGCAUGCUGUUUACACUGGUCUGUGUCGUAAGACAGCACCGUUGUUUAACUGUUUUGAGAGGAAUCCGGUACAAGGCGUACACGGGCACUGUGAAUCAUGUGAUCAUUGUAUGGACUUGCUACACCAUGAAUUAUCGUUGCAUUGGCUCACGAGCUAUGCGGAGCGUCGUCGAGUUCUCUGAACAGUGUGGGGACUUCCGACCCCACUAGAGUGUAACAUACACGAUUCGUCAGAUAUAGACAGAAUAAAUCUGACGAAAGCGUU